AUGGGUGCAGGUCAGUCUACACCACGCAUUGUAGAGCUCGCUGCCUCCAUAAGCGAAAAUGUGGCAAAGAUACAAGAGAUACUGGACGCUCAAGGCGCUCCAAUGCCGUCUUUUGACGAGGACAGUCCGCCUUUGCCGAAAGAGAUCGCAGGUCCUCAACAUGCAGUUCUUGACGCUACAGCAGAGUUGCAGGAUCUACUGCAAGAUCCCAUGAAUUUUAUACACCGGUCCUCGAGAAGUGACAAACCGGCAUGUAUCAACACUAUUGUACGAUUCGAUAUUGCGGCGCUGGUCCCUUGUGGAGGGCGAACAUCCUUUCAAGAUAUUAGUAGACAAACUCCCCUGACUGAACAGAUGGUGGGGCGAAUUGUUCGACACGCUGCCACAAUGCGGAUUUUCAAAGAACCGGAGCCAGGUCAGGUGAUGCACACAAAAGCCUCGAAGCUCCUGGCCAACCAUGAUUUCAGAGACUGGGCACGAACAGGCAUUGAGGAAAUGGGACCUGCUGGAGGACGACUGGCCGAUGCUCUUGAGCGAUGGCCAGGCUCGCAACACCCCAAUCAGACGGGGUUUUCUCUGGCGAACGAUACGAAUGAUUCGAUAUACGAAGUCGUAGGGAAAGAUCCUUCUCGUGCCGCUCGAUUCGGAAGCGCCAUGAAAGUCAUGACGGCCAGACCCGAAUUCGAUCUGGCAUAUGGUGUGAACAAUUAUGAUUGGGGCGCUUUGGGCAAAGCUCUCGUUGUGGAUGUUGGGGGCAGUAAAGGCCACUUUGCGAUCGCCCUUGCACGUCGUUAUGAGAACCUCCGCUUCAUCGUACAGGAUAUGGCACAUAUGCUCGGUGACGGCCCUGAAGAGAUCUCCGCGGAUAGAUUGGAAUUCAUGGCUCAUAGCCUGUUCGAUCCUCAAAGCGUUCAGGCAGAUGUGUUCAUCUUCCGCUGGGUAUUUCACAACUGGUCAGAUGAGUAUUGCGUCCGUAUAUUGAAGGCACAGUUACCCUCGAUGAAACCAGGCGCAAGGCUUAUUCUGCUGGAGGCUAUACUGCCAGAGUCAGGGACUGUGGGCUAUUGGAAAGAAAGCGAGUUAAGGUCGCUGGAUCUGGAAAUGGCAUCGACAUUCAAUGCUAGAGAGAGGACUCUUUCGGAUUGGAAGGCCCUAUUCGCGCUAGCAGAUCCAGGCUUUGUGCUGAGGAGUGUAGUCGAGCCUGAAGGAUCCGCGAUGGCUGUCCUCGAAUUCUUCUGGGAGAGAUCAUCGGCUUGA